AUGGCUCUUCCGAUAUGGUAUGCAGACCCAAAUGACAAAGAGAUUUUAGCGGUAAAUUUACGUUGCAUCGCCAGCGGAAAAAAAGUUAUUAAUAUACAAAAACCGUCCCGCCGCACGAACAGGUGGUUUUGGGAUGUAGUUGAAGCAUCGGGUUUGGAGCCGCUUACCCGGACUAAUUUUAGCGUGCUUGACUACGGGCUCCUCUGGGCAUUUGUUGAAAGAUGGCAUUCGGAGACGAGUUCAUUCCACAUUCCAUUGGGUGAGCUGGCCAUCACAUUGGACGAUGUCCAAUGUCUACUGCAUAUUCCGAUCGAGGGAAAGUUUUUGAACCAUGGCAAAAUGUCGAGGGAUGAAGCGGCUGACAUGGUUAAUUCAUUUCUAGGAGUUGAUCGCGAUGUUGUUAUGGGUCAUUUUGCCAAAAUGAACGGACUCCAUCUGAAGCAUUCUGACGUGGAGGAUAUUUAUAGUGUUAACCAUAGAUUAGCUGAUAAGGUUGUUGCUGAAGGUAAGUCGGCGCAUGAGAUUAAGCUGUAUAGGGACAGGUCCAUACGGGCUUUCUUGCUAUUUUUGGUCUGUUGUACCAUAUUUAGCAACAAAAGUAGUUACUACGUGGACGUAGUAUACCUGCAGUAUUUUCAGGAUUUGUCGGCUGUACGUGAAUGGAAUUGGGGUGCUGCUGCUCUGGUUCAUUUGCAACAUUAUCUGGAUGAUGCGUGUUUGGUGACAGUGAAUCAGAUGGCUGGGUACAUGUCUUUGCUUCAGGGCUGGAUAAAUAUUUUUUUCCAGGACUUAGUGUGUGGGCGCAGGAUCCUAUCUAUUCUGAGGGCAUGCCUCGAAAUGCAAAGUUUGUUCCCGGAGCUGGACAUAGGGAACCAAGUGGCUAUAGAAACAGUUUGGAUAAUAUUCAGACGUACGGCUGCGUAUUCAGUCCAUAUGAUGAUCACCGACACGUCCGCCCUUUGA